CAUUUCCAGGAAAAAAAGACAUUGACAUAUUUUACAGUGGUAUCCCCUAGGAGGUUCAGUGGAUUAAGGGUAAAAUAAGUUCCUUUGCGUACCACUAAACAGCUGGCUCUCUCCCACAGAGAGAAGAAUAUUUUCAACAUGGAAAAUAUAUGAUACAACAUGUGCUUAGUAUUGGGAAAAUAUCUACUUUGAAAUACAUAUAUUAAUGUUUGUAUUUCAGUGUUUUUCCUCUAAAAAUAAUGUUACUGGUACAAUGAAAAAUAACAGGGAAAAGGAAUCACAAUAAAAAUGAAAGGGGAGGUGACACUGCGGGGUGGGCCCCCAGGCUGCAGGGUGGACAGCAGAUACAGGGACGCGGUUUGAGCUCCCACUCCCCCAUGGCGUCAUUGCCGCCAUGAUGGGGCUAGUGCUGCUCUACUCCGGGGUCUUCGUGGCCUUCAGGUCCUGCCUGCUCGUCAUGGGAAUAUGCUACACCAUUUUUGACUUGGGCUCCCGCUUUGAUGUGGCUUGGUUCCUGACAGAGACUUCCCCCGUCAUGUGGUCAAACCUGGUCAUUGGCCUAGCUAUCUCCCUGUCUGUGGUUGGGGCAGCAUGGGGCAUCUACGUCACUGGCUCUUCCAUCACUGGGGAAGGGGUGAAGGCCCCCAGGAUUAAGACCAAGAACCUGAUCAGCAUCAUCUUCUGUGAGGCUGUGGCUGUCUAUGGCAUCAUGGUGAUUGUCAUUAGCAACAUGGCUGAGCCUUGCAGUGCUACUGACCCCAAGGCCACUGACCAUCAAAACUACCAUGCAGGCUACUCCAUGUUUGGGGCUGGCCUUACAGUGGGCCUGUCUAACAUCUUCUGUAGAGUCUGUGUGGGCAUUGUGGGCAGUGGAGCCACCUUGGCUGAUGUGCAGAACUGCAGCCUCUUUGUAAAGAUUCUCAUUGUGGAGAUCUUUGGCAGCGCCGUUGACCUCUUUGGGGUCAUCGUUGGCAAUCCUUCAGACCUCCAGAGUGAAGCUUGGUGAUUAGAUGAUCUGUUUGGGUGGGGCCACCCCCCACUCUUAUUUAUUUGUGGUUUUCCCAGGACAGCUGGAGCUGUGCCCCUUAGGCUUUCAGGGGGUUUGGUGUUCAGGGCCCUCCCUGCAUUCACUUAUGCUGCCUGUGGACUUGGAGGCACUGCCUGGCUGGACCCUCAGUGUGGCGAGUGGGCUGCUGAUGACUCUGUGCAGCUUUGCACCCAUGUCCCACCUCUACCUCCAACCCAUCUUCCCAGUGUUUGUGAAAUAAACGUGGUAUUUGUCUGGGUCAAAAAAAGUGAAAGGGAAAUGUGUUAUAAUUCAGAAGCUUUAAUUUUCAACAAAUCAUUAGCCUAAUAUAUCUUCCUCUUGUUGGAAUUUUUAUUCUUACUGUUGCUCAUACUGUCCUCUUUCUGCUCAGCGGUUUUUUGGUUCAUUUUUAAGUUUUUGUGGCCUCAUCUACCUCUACACAGCCAGACCUGAGAACUGAUUCCAGGGAGCCUCGAUGCUGAGUCACAGUGGAACACACGUUUGCAGUUAGCUCUUGCACACUUGCCCUUGGGCGUCAGGCCCUUGUGGACCACAAGGCCAUAUUCCUGGGACCAGAGGUUUGCCCAUACUGUGCAAUUGACGAGGAGGUUUGAAUGGUGGUUACAGUCCAUGCUGUCCUUGGGGAUCCAGCAGUCAAGAAAUCCAGGUGUCUCCCAUACCAUGGAGUCAGGCCUGGUCAGUGGGUCUUGUUGACUAGUGGGCUCCAGAGUCAUUUAACGUGACUCUAGUAGUCUUUUAUAGUUUUCUUUAUAUCUGGUAUAAUAAGAUAUUCUAGGUUCCUUUGUACAUUUCUUUUUUUUUUUUUGCAA